AUGUGUACUGUCAUUCUUCUAGAUAAAAGAUAAAAUAAUACCACAAUAUUAUAAUCAACAAUCAACAAUAAUACAUUUUAUGUCCUAAUGACCUGGUAAUUUUGUUUCUCAUACGCAUCAAGAUGAAUACCGAACUUAAUGUGUAAAACCUAAAUAAAAACACCGUAAAAAUGCAGUUUACAUUAUUUUUUCUCCGUGAAUAAAACAAAACUUAAUGGACCCACAAAAGAAAUUCCAACAAGAAGCCAAAUACUAUGUUUAAAAAAGAAAUAAUAUUCUUUACCUAAACGGCGAACUUACAAACAGGACACAAACAAAACAAUUCAUUACCACACUAAUAUUAAGAGACGCUGCCUGUCACCUUGAUGGACCCGCAUUCGGCUUCGAACAAUCAGGACCCGAGCGUAAGGAAUCAGAACCAAUCAUUACUUCUGCGGCGGAUAAUAAAGAUGGUAACGGCGCUGAUGUUUGAUUAAAAACUUAAACCAAUUCCAUAGUACACUAGCACCAAAUCCACAUUAGUAAGUACUUAAUAUAAAUUUAAAAAAAAUACAAAAUCAUUUACACUAAAAAUGGUGACUUUAUCGAAGUUAACGAAUAAACUGACAAUGAAAAGAUCUCUUCACAAGUCAAAAUUAAAAGAAGCUGUGAAACAAGCAAUGCUAGCUCAGAGCGAUAUUCCAAAAAAGACUAGUGGGUUUGAUUUUAACAAUUUCAAACGAGGCAUGGAAAAGGUGACUCAGAAAUUAGCAAUGAAGAGCAGCAGAAGUGGGAUAAACAUUGAGGUGGCAAAAGAAGCAAAAGUUGUGGCAUACUUACCAUGCCAUGAAUGUGGCAAAUUCAAGGCUAAAAAGUACGACGAAACCACAUGGACUCAUGAGAAUAAAGGGAUCGAGUGCGUUUUGAGUUUGUCUCAAGUUUCUCCAGAUGAGCCCUUCUUGCUUUACAUAGAGUCAUCUCCGCAAGGGCCAAACUUCAAACCACAUUUCAUGUUGGCAGGAAAGUACAAAGAGUUUGAGCGACCAACCAUAAAGAUAGAAAAACCACCACCGAAACCUAAGCCAGAGAUGAUUAGCACAAUUUCGGAACCACUGUUCAAGGAUCCAAAGGAGUCAAUGCCAACGCCAACGUUUGUUGACAAGACAUUGAGUCCAUUUAACUUCCAGAAAGUUGUGUAUGCUAAACAGUAUGAGUUCUGAUGUCCGUCUGUUCUGUUUUCUUCGGUCUUCUAUCAAAAAUAUUGUAAGUAAUAGUUAUUCAGUUUGUAAUAGGUUCAAACUUUACUGUUAGUAAUAUAGUUCAAAAUACGAUAACAAUAAACCAUUUUGUAAAAUUC